AUGGCGACCUCCAAGGACCUCGACAGCGAGUACCGCCACUACCUGCCGGACCUGAGCAUCCCGCGGUUCACGACCAUGGCGAAGCAGGACGCCCACGUCUACGCGGCGGCGUUCAAGGAGUCUGGUGUCCCGCCCUGGCUGCACGCGCUGUACCUGCACUGGCUGGACCUCUUCAAGGAGCCGUUCAAGGGCGUGACCAACGACGGGAUCGUCAGGCCGGGCCUGUUCAAGAUCCAGGACGAGGGCGUCCCCAUCGAUCGCAUCGUGGCGGCGACAGAUUCCCUCCUCGGCCAACUCACCCCGACCCAGGUCGCCAAGCUGUCUUACCACAUCGACUCGCCCGAGUGGCGCACCUGGUCGAACCCGGAGUUCCUGCUCAGCGACAAGGGCAUCCGGCUGGACGAGCUGGAGCCUCCGGUGCGUGAUGGGGUCAUGGCCGUGCUCCGCGCCACGCUGUCGCCCGAGGGCUACGACAAGGCGGUGGCGGCGAUGCGCAUCAACGGGUUCCUGGGCGAGCUGGUGCAGGGGACCCAGGUCAUGAACGAGUUCUCGUACAACUUCGUGCUGUUCGGCCGCCCGUCCACCACGGCGCCCUGGGGGUUCAGCUUCUACGGCCACCACCUGUGCCUCAACGUGUUUCUGUACCGCACACAGAUGGUGGCGUCGCCGUGGUUCACGGGCGCCGAGCCCAACCUCAUCGACGCGGGGCCGUACAAGGGCACGCGCAUCCUGCACGAGGAGGAACGGCUGGGGCUCCAGCUCAUGCAGUCCCUGUCGCCCGAGCAGCAGCGCACCGCCCAGAUCUACGCGCAGAUGAAGGACCCCGCCAUGCCCGAGGGGCGGUGGAACCACGACGACCAGCGCCACCUGUGCGGCGCGUACCGGGACAACCGCGUGGUGGCCUACGAGGGGGUCGUGGUGUCGGCGCUGUCCGCCGCGCAGCAGUCCCUGGUCGACCAGAUCUUGAUGCAGUACCUGCUGUACCUGCCGGCGCGGGCCCGCGAGAUCCGGCUGAACGAGUGCCGCGGGUGCUACGCGGAGACGCACUUCUGCUGGAUCGGCGGCUUCGGCGACGCCGACCCGUUCUACUUCCGCCUCCAGAGCCCCGUGGUGCUGGUCGAGUUCGACCACCACAGCGGCGUGUUCCUGAACAACGCCGACCCGGCCAAGUUCCACAUCCACACCCUGUUGCGCACCCCGAAUGGCGGCGACUACGGGUACGCCCUGCGGCCGCUGUGCGAGCCGACCGUGAAGCAGGAGUUUGUGUGGAAAGGGGAGAGGGAAUAA